GUUUAUCGAUAGUCGACGCAGUUGCGCCCACGAUACAUCCACACAUCCCGCCGCCAUGGGUGUCGCAAAGAAGACGCGCAAGUUUGCGCAGAUGAAGCGCGUGAUUGGCCAACGAGAUGCCCGACUGAAGAAGAACCAGAUGUCGGGCGAGCUAGAAGCCAAGAAGAAAGCCGACACCGAAAAGGCCAAGCGAGAGAUCCCCCAGGCUCCUUCCUCCAUGUUCUUCAUGGCCAAUGAGGCGCUUGGCCCGCCAUACCGGGUGCUCAUUGACACCAACUUCCUCUCCCACACCGUGCGCGGGAAGCUAGAGCUUCAGAAGUCUCUCAUGGAUUUACUCUACGCAAAAGCUACGCCCAUCAUCUCGUCGUGCGUCAUGGCGGAGUUGGAGAAACUGGGACCCAAGUACCGGAUCGCACUGCGCAUUGCGCGAGACGAAAGAUGGGAGCGGAUAAAAUGCGACCACAAGGGAACUUAUGCAGACGACUGCAUCGUUGAUAUGGUCACGAAGCACAGGAUAUAUCUGGUUGGCACAAAUGAUCGCGAUCUAAAACGAAGAAUCCGCAAGAUCCCCGGUGUCCCGAUCGUCAGCGUUGCAAAGGGCAAAUACGUUAUCGAGAGGCUGCCCGAUAACCCUGAUAGCAAGUAGACACGUUGGAUGGAAGACAACACAGGAUAGGCGCACAGAGGCGGGACUUUGGCUCGGCUUCGUAUGCAUAGCGAUGGCGUUAUCACGGUUGGCGGACCUCGCCCAAGGAAAACAAAUCUGCAUUAUAGAAGCAUUCUCCACGUAUUGGGACUGCGUAUGGUUCAUAUGGUCG